AUGGUUUUCAGUGUGUUCAUGACCGUAGGUGUAUCCGUUCAUCGUUAUAUUGGUGUGUGUCAUCCAUAUAAAUCGGUGGAAUGGCUUCCGAAGAAACGUGUCACCACACUCAUCAUCUGCCUUGUUGUAUUCAGCAUACUCUUCAAUACGACGCGAUUUUUUGAGACAAAAGAGAAGAGUCGGUCCCGAAAAAUCCAGACAUCAUUAAAAGUCGGCAAUAAAUGCUUUCUAAAUGAAGACAUGGAGGAUAAGCCGAGCGGGAAUAUCUUCUUUGGAUGGGCAUACACUAUAGUAAUGUAUGUGGUACCGUUCAGUUUGCUGAUAAUUCUCAAUUCACUCGUUCUUUCGGCUGUAAGACGUAGUCGUCGAAUGCAUAUGGUUAGUCAGGUGGGAACGAAGCGACCCAGUAAAUUCACUGUGAACUCUAUUUUUAAGGAGUUUGGUAUUAGAAUAUAUUAG